ACAGCAAAGGGACUAAUUACUUCCAGCUGGUUCACCGGUCCAGAUUUUCUCUGGCAGGAUAAACUUCCUGCUGAUGACAUUAAGGUGGGAGAGUUGGGAGCUGAAGAUCCAGAACUUCGUAAGACUUUUGUCCAUAAGACACUGACCACAGAAGAUUCGUUGCUCAAUCAUUUCUCAAGAUUCUCAAACUGGACAAGGCUAGUUAAAGCAAUUGCACGACUCAAGCGAUACGUCAAAGAGCUGAAAGGUCUGACGUACAGAACAAACGAAGUCACCAGUCUUGAGGAGAGGAAAGAGGCAGAGCUUUUCAUCAUAGCUACUGUCCAAAACGAACUGUUUUCUGAAGAAAUCAAAGAUCUGAAAUCGAAGCAGACAACAACAAGAGAUCGUGCAAAUAGGUUGCACAAACUGAAUCCUUUUUUGGAUAAAAGGGGUGUGUUAAGAGUGGGAGGUCGGCUGGAGCAUGCAGAUUUACACCCACACAUCAAACAUCCAAUGAUCUUGCCAAACAAAACCCACAUAUCAAAGUUACUGAUUGAACACUUCCAUCAAAGGGUUCAUCACCAGGGACGUGGGAUGACGAUGAAUGAGCUGCGAUCAAAUGGCAUUUGGCUAUUGGGAUGUAGUCACGCAGUGUCUUCCUACAUCUACAAGUGUGUCAAAUGUAGGAAAUUCAGAAGGAAUGCUGAGGUACAAAGAAUGGCAGAUUUACCGCGUGAGAGAGUUGAAGCAUCGCCCCCUUUUUCCUAUUGUGGAAUGGACUGUUUCGGCCCGUUUUACGUUAAGGAGGGAAGAAGGGAACUUAAACGCUAUGGUCUGCUAUUCACAUGUCUGUGCUCUCGUGCUGUGCAUAUAGAGCUUCUCGACGACAUGACCAGUGAUGCCUUCAUUAAUGCUCUUCGAACCUUUAUCGCCAUACGAGGAAGUGUUCGACAACUUCGGUCCGAUCAGGGUACCAACUUUGUUGGAGCAAGACGGGAGUUCUUGGUAUCUGUAAGGAAAAUGGACCAAGAAAGCCUAAGACAACUAGGUUGUGAGUUUGUCAUGAACCCGGCAUCUGCCAGCCAUAUGGGUGGGGCCUGGGAAAGGCAGAUUAGGACGAUUAGAAGUGUUUUGACAUCCAUUCUGGAUCAUUCAUCCAGAAGACUUGACACUUCAUCCUUGCGUACCUACCUUUAUGAAGUCAUGGCGAUCAUAAAUAGUAGGCCCUUAACAACUCACCUGUUGAACGAUCCCACUGGUCCACAGCCUCUUACGCCGAAUCACAUCCUGACUAUGAAGUCUUCAGUGGUUUUACCACCACCUGGUGAGUUUGUGAAGGAAGACCUUUAUCUUCGCAAGAGAUGGCGCAAGGUGCAAUACCUGGCUAAUGAAUUCUGGACCAGAUGGAAAGGGGAAUACUUGCUGAAUCUUCAGCAGAGAGGAAAAUGGUACAAGGCACGGAGAAAUGCUAAGAUCAACGACAUUGUGGUGCUGAUGGACAAUAGUCUACCCAGAAAUGAGUGGAAGUUGGCCAAGGUAACCAAGGUGUACCCUAGUGAGGAUGGAAUCAUUAGGAAACUCGAGCUGCUAAUCAGUGAUGCGACAUUGGAUGACCAAGGAAAAAGAGUUAACAAGCCAGUGUAUCUUGAAAGACCUAUCCACAAAACAGUUACCCUACUUGAAGCUGAAUAGUUCAGAAUUCUUGUCUCUGUGAUCUAUGUGACUAAGGGACUGUAUACACUUGCCUUUACAACGAGGUUCAGUUGAAAAAUCAUUAAUGAUUUGGUGGGAGUGUGGCUGCCGUCAGCAGCAGUUAUGCAAUUUGAGACAAUUUUAUGGUUCAAGUUACAAUGAAUAAGUGAAAUACUUUAUUGUUAAUAUAUGUGUGUGAUGUAAUGUAUGUUGUUGGCUGGAAAUACAUUUACAAGGGUUACAGAAUGUUUCCGGGGUGGAACCAAUGUUUAGUCUGUUGUUUGGGGUGACAAUAUUUUCAGUUACACGCCACACUCGGUAGAGCGCAGCAUGCUUUUCGUCUCUCUCUGGUGGUGGUAGAAACAUGUAGACGUAUGCAACGGAGUGUUCGACUAUGGGAAAGAGUGACACUACAAGAAGCGUUUCAUUUAACCCCUGCAAGUUAAUGCGGCCAAUGAGUUCUCACGGCAUCGUUACGGCAUCUCUGGUGGCAUCGUUGGUGGCGCCCGUGUGCAAUAAAUGCCAGUAAAUCAAGAACGCCUUG